CCCACGGCCCCGCACAGCAGAGGACGUGCCUGGAGGCUGGGCCAGGACACCGGUGUGGCCGACGGAGAGGCCCACACGAGCAUGCCUAGGCCCCGCUGACCCCAGCCCAGAGCCAUGUCAGCCGGCCAGCAGGUGUGGCACACAUCCAUGCUGCCCAGCAGCCAAAGAAGCCCCCCAGCCUCAGGGCCCUGGUCCCCCAGCUCGGCCAGUAACCCUCUGUCUCCCGGCUCGGCCAGUAACCCCCGAUCCCCUGGCUCAGCCAGCAACCCUCGGUCCCCCGGCCCAGCCAGCAACCCUCUGUCUCCCGGCUUGGCCAGUAACCCCCGAUCCCCUGGAUUGGUCAGCAACCUCCGGUCCCCCAGCUCGUUCAGCAACCCCCGGUCCCCCAGCACACCUGGCUCCGAGAGGGUGGCCUCCCCACUCGAGUGCUCCAUCUGCUUUUCCGGCUACGACAACAUCUUCAAGACCCCCAAGGAGCUCUCAUGCACCCACGUCUUCUGCCUAGAGUGUCUGGCUAGGCUGGCUGCGGCUCAACCCGCAGGUCGCCCAGGCAGGGAUGCCGUGCCCUGCCCAUUCUGCCGGCAGCCUACCACCGUACCUGCUGCCGGGGCCCCUGCGCUUCGCACCAGCCGCCAACUGCAGGCCAAGCUACCCGCACACCUUCGGCAUGAGGAGUCCGUGUGGCUGGAGGGGACCAAGCUGUGCUACUGCCCUCCACCUACCGCUCCUGGCCACAGCCCCGGCUUCCUAUGUGUGGACGUGGGCUUGACCAAGCCCCCCGAGCUCCCUGUACCUGUACCCGACCCAGAGCCCGUCCGCCGCCGGGGCCGCCUGGCCCGCUGCUGGGACCGCUGUGGGGACUGGCGACGCUUGGCUCUCAUUGCGUCCCUGUUGCUGCUGCUCUUCUGCGUCGUGCUCUGGCCCGUGCAGUGCGCACUCAAGACCGGCAACCUGCGCUGCCUGUCCCGGCCCCACGUGCACACCACUGCUUCCCAUGCCGACACCACUCCCACGGAGUCCACCUUCUUCCUGGGGACCCAGACCCUCAGCUAGGGGCUCCAACGCACAACAUGGGCCAGAACCUGCUUGCUUGCAGCCUGGUGGACAGUGCUUCUGAGAUCCGAGUGAAGUCCAAUGACCCUGAAGACCCCAUUCUACCGGUUCCCGGCUUCUGCUCCCGUGGAGUUGAGAGAACGGACGCAAGCUCAGGAGAGAGCACUGGAAAGGAGGAUCUGGCCAAUGAUCUUACCGUAUCA